CCACAGCCUCCCGGGCUCCGCGUAGGUCCGGUCCCGCCCCUAUCGCCCGUCUCCCAGGCAACGCGCAGCGCUCACCUCACAGCGUCUGUCCAGCGACUCUCUCUCCGCGUCCGAGCACGCGCACCAACCAUGGCUCGGGGUCCUGCUCCUAUUCCCGAGUCGUUCUCGAGCGAAGAAUACGCAACUACCCAGCAGCCCAGGCCGUGGGCCACAUGGAACCUGGGCUCGCCCACCGCCCAGGCGGCCGCUGUGCAGGCGACCACCAGUUCCGGCGCCACCCCGAGCCGGGCCUUCCGGCGCGGUGGGCUCAGCAGCCAUCCCAGAAUCGACGCAGGCACCUCGCCGCAGGUCCGCUUUUUGCGGCCGCGAACCGCGCACCCGCCGGUACUCUUCAGCUUAUUGAAUUCCAAUGAAGCUGCAAUGAAAAAAUUUUUGCCCAAGAGCAACUUAUCACGGGUGAUUAUUCGGGACAACCUCAGUGCACAACGAAUCUGUGCGAUGGAGAUAAGAGCUUCAGACAAGACCCAGAAAAAGAUGGGCCAGUUGUAUGACCACCUGAAAAAAAAGUUCAUGACAGACCAGCUCAGAAAGCUGGGGCGCUGGAAACAGGAAUCUGUGAACCUCCAGCAGUGCCUGGACAGCAUGCGAGUGUACAGGGUCUAGCUCCAGCUCCAACUCCGUCCUGACAAGAAAAGCCAGUCGCCCCAGUCACAUGGCAGAAUGAUCUGCCGCAGGGCUAUGAUGACAUCAGGCUGACAGGAGGGAAAGAGGGAGCGAGCUAGCCAGCCUAACCGUGGUAGAACAACAAUAAACUGCAACAGCGGACAGUGGAGCACAAACCCCUCAGCAAUUCUCGUAUUCCUUGCCUGGCCCUGCCCCCUCUGUUCUGGUGGAGGGGACCCUGAUAGUCCCUAGCUGCCUGAGGAGGAGGCCGAAUCAAGCCAGUUUCCAGUGGCAAGUGUGUGGCUGGCCUUCUUGUUUGCUCACCGUCUCCCUUACCAGCUUUUGAACGUCUCAGUGGCAGGGCAGCAAUGCCGAGUCAUUCAUCUUUGUAAUCACAUUGCCCAGUAAGUGAGAGUAAUCUUUUGGUAUUUUUGAAUAAAUGACUCUGUAUUCCUCUUUGUAUUACUGCUUCACCUCAGUGACAGAGCAAGGGCUGGGUACAUCUUUUCAGAGUUAACAAAGUCCCCUCAUUUUACAGAUGAGGAAACUGAGGCCCAGAGAGGUGAUCUGACUUGCCCAAGGUCAUUCAGCAAGACAGUGGCAGAGAACUAGGAGCAGGCUUCCUGACUGUGGAGAGUGGCCAUCCUGCAUCACGCCAGCAGCUGGGCAAGGAGCUUGGUCCUCUUGGUGGCUUCGGGAGCUCUCCCUCGGGAAGUCCUCCUCACUCGCACUCACCCCUCAUCCUUGUCCUCGCCGUGCCCCUCUGGGCCAUCCAACAGGCUUCCCUGUAAGCUGGAGGGAGCCCCCAGCCCAGGGGGCCCUGGGCAGGGCAGGCUGCCAGAUGUUGGUGAUGUUUCUAUGUUCCUGCCUUGUGGUUGUCCUUUUGAGAACUGGAGCUGACUACUUUUCAGUGGGAGCCAAACCAUCUUUUUCUAGAUUCUAGUCUGUUUUCAUGGCUGAUUACAACUGGUCAGAAUAAUUGAUUUAAAUAUUUGAAUUUUAUUAUACUAGCAAUAUGACCUCAUUUACCAAAAACAAUUUCUUUGGUUUGAUCGACUGCUGCUGGUGUUUUGGUGCAUUUCCUAUAUUUGUUUCAUUUCAACAACAGCCUUUCCUUGGCACCAGACCUAGAAAUGGAAA